CUAUUGACAUGGAUAAUUUUAAUUACAUGUAGAGAAUUUGAGUCUUUUCUCCCAAGCCCAUUUGACACUGCAUUAUGAAAAUUUUCACUUGGCAUUCAUACAUUUGUCUACAGCAUACGAUAUUAAAAUUUUUACUCUCAUUUGUAUGACAGAUUCAAGCACUAUAACAUGCUGGAACUGUGGAAUGGUUACAUUAAUCAACCAAAAAGAUUAAAGUUUAGGAUGUCUGUAUAUCAUUUUCAAGGAUGAAGUUUUUAAAAAAAAGGCUACAGAGCAACUUAUUCGGUUAGAUAGAUAUGGCCAAGUUUAUGCGGCUAAUUAUAGUGGUUUUGAUCAGAACCAAUUGGAGAAAGAUGUUUGUUGUUGGUGCAAUUCUUACAAUAUGUAGUGUUGUAAUACAGAUUCCUUCACUUCCUUACCCACUGACCAAAUGGAUUUUACCAAGAACCACAAUAGUUUCCUCCUACAAACAUUUGAACACUGCAACAUAUUUGAUUGAAAAUCACCCUCUAUCUGUUCAAUAUGCCCGUGCACUUGCUUCACUUAAUUCUUCGGCAAAUUUGAAUCGCUUGGUGGUAAUUUCCAACGAGCAGCAAAGGGUUUCUCCACGUUGGAGGAGAAAACAACAUAUGAAAUCGACAAUGGAUACUCCACCAUCACCACCUUAUAUUGUUAGAAAACUGCCUGAUCACUUUAGGCACGUAUUGUCAUUGUCACCAGAUGAGGCACUUGCAUUUGCCAAAAGAGAGAUUGAAAACGCCCCACUCGUUAGUGAAGAUCCUGAGCUAUAUGCUCCCCUAUUCCGAAAUAUUUCUACUUUCAAAAGGAGCUACGAGUGGAUGGAAUACAUACUUAAGGUUUACAUUUACCAAGAAGGGACUAAGCCUAUUUUUCACGACCCUCAUCUCAUAGGAAUUUACGCAUCUGAAGGAUGGUUUAUGAAGUUAAUGGAAGAAAACAGGCAGUUUGUAACAAGGGAUCCAGAAAAGGCUCACUUGUUCUAUCUUCCAUAUAGUGCACGCCAGUUAAAAUCGGCUCUUUAUGUCCCCAAUUCACAUAAUCUUCGGCCGUUGUCAAUCUUCCUGCGGGACUAUGUGAAUAUGCUUGCGGAANAAUCGGCUCUUUAUGUCCCCAAUUCACAUAAUCUUCGGCCGUUGUCAAUCUUCCUGCGGGACUAUGUGAAUAUGCUUGCGGAACAGUAUCCUUUCUGGAACCGUACUCAUGGAUCAAAUCAUUUUCUAGUUGCUUGCCACGACUGGGGACCAUAUACUUUGAAGGAGCACGAGGAACUUAAAACGAACACGAUAAAAGUUAUCUGCAAUGCAGAUGCCUCAGAAGGAAUCUUCAGAGCUGGAAAAGAUGUUUCCCUGCCAGAAACUCUUAUUAAGAAUCCCCGAAGGACUCAUAGAAAUCUUGGUGGAAAAAGAGUGUCACAACGGCCAUUUCUUGCUUUUUAUGCCGGACAUAUGCAUGGGAGGGUCCGUCCCAUACUUUUCAAAUACUGGAGUGACAAAGACGAGGACAUGAGGAUUUAUGGGGCUUUGCCAAAUAGAGUAUCAAGAAAUAUGUCUUAUCCCGAACACAUGAAGUCAAGCAAAUAUUGCGUAUGCCCAAUGGGACACGAAGUGAACAGCCCGAGGAUUGUUGAGGCCAUAUACUACGAGUGCGUCCCAGUUAUAAUUGCCGAUAGUUUUGUCCCUCCGUUCGAUGACGUACUCGAUUGGAAUGCAUUUUCCGUCAUUGUUGCCGAAAAGGAUAUCCCGAAGCUGAAAGAAAUACUCUUAGCUAUCCCUUUGAGACGAUAUCUUACCAUGCAAACCAAUGUGAAAAUGUUGCAGAAGCAUUUCCUCUGGAACGCAAAACCGGUUAGAUAUGAUCUGUUCCAUUUUAUUCUACAUUCAAUAUGGAAAAGCAGACUUAACCAGAUUCAGAUACCACAGUCAUCAUAAUUCCCGGUGCCUUUUUCUUGCUGGGUUCUGCUGCUGAAGGUAUAGCCAAUCUAAGAUGAGACGAUGAACAGAUGUCAAAAUCUUUCAGGUAAGAAUUGUUCGAGUUUCACAGGCUUAUCCAUUUUCUUGGUGGGAGAAGGCAAAGUCAUUUGUAGAUUGUCAGUAGAAGAGACUUGAUCAAAAUCUAGGACAUCAGGGACCUACUUUGCAUCAGACCUGCAACUAAUGGAAUAUAAAUCUGAAUAUUUGGUCUGAUGAUCAUAUUUUCUUUGCACUGGCAGAAUAGUGAAGAGAAUGUGUGUGCAAAUUGAUAGAAAUUGAGACAGAAUAGUGGAGAAAAUAGAAAUUGAAACUUUAUUGUACACGAAUCACAAAGAAAGUUACCUUUUGUACAAGAGUUACCAGUAAUUAUAAAACAAAAUAUUCUG